AAAGAAAGUUAUCAGUUUUGGUUGAUUAAUUCAUCGAACAACAACACACAUUUAACAAUAUGAAAUUCGUUAUUGUAUUUGCUGCAUUCUGCGCUACUGUCGUCUUGGCUGCACCCCUUGAUAAUGGUGUCCAAAUUGUGAGAUACGAUAAUGAUAAUAUUGGUGUUGAUGGAUACAACUUUGCCUAUGAAACCAGCGAUGGAGUUUCUCGUGAAGAGAGCGCCAAGUUAGACAAGGUUGGAACUGAUGGUGAAUCCAUUUCUGUUCGUGGAUCCGUCACAUGGACCGCACCCGAUGGUGUCCAAUACUCUCUGCAAUAUAUUGCUGAUGAGAAUGGAUUCCAACCCCAAGGUGCUCAUUUGCCUAAGUAAACAAUAAAAAUCAUUUGAUUUUGGUGUUGAAAGUUAA